AAAGCGAAAAUGGCGCUCCUCGGAUAUUCCGCCUCGCUUUGCUCACGAUUUCUAACGUUUACGGCUAAAUAAAAUCGCUGCAUUACUAGUUAUGUUAAUUCUGUGGGAUGAUGCACGCUCGUAAAAUAUACGUGAGAUUCUCUCGCCUCGAGCAUUCCUGAAUAUAUUCACAAUCGUCCGCACGCGCCUCGAUUCAAGCAAAUCCGCAUCGGCCGUUGAUUAUUUUGUCCGAAAAAGCCGGUGAAUUCGGCCCGAGAAUGCAUCUAUUUUGAUCGAUGCGAAAUGGAACUUUCGCGUUUCCACUAAAACCGGCGUCCCGACGGCGACGACGCGUCCUCACCUUCCCGAUAACCGGCGAGGCCGAGCGUCCCGACGGCUCCCUUCGGAUGGUAUGUCGACGAGAGAGGUGACUCUCGAAGGCGGCGCUCCCUGGGGGUUUCGCAUGCACGGCGGCGUCGAUCAGCACCAGCCAUUGAAGAUUUCCAGGGUAAAUCCGGGCAGUAAAGCAUCUUGUAAAGGUAUCAGAGAAGGCGAUGUAAUUACUUCUGUUAACGGACGAAGUACCAAAAAUUUGACCAACACCGAAGCCCACGCCAUUCUAAAAAACUCCGGUAAUACUCUCACGCUAGGACUGAACGAGGACUUGGAGAACUCCCCAAAAAGAAGACAAUACCGUACAGUUCAACAUCAGGAAUCCUUCCAGGAAACCGUUAAACGAUCAACAGUAACGACCUACUCAUCUAUUAAAACCGUGGAAAAACUCGAUUCGCCUUCGGACAAAGACAACAACGAACAACCAAUCGAAGCUGAUAAGGAUACAACGAUUACAUCGAUCGGUGACGCUUCCAUUCAUCUGCCGCCCAGCGAUUUGUUGGUAACCAAAAGACCCGGCUCGUCCAGUUCCUCAACACCAACGUUAACCAAAGAAGACUUGAAAACCUAUUCGUCGGAUAACGCUUUGGCUUCCGAGCGAUCCUCUUACACGAAUUGCACGUUGAGUCCUUCCAGCCAUUCGUUGUUCUCCGAAGACGGCGCACGUACGUCGAUCGCAGUCCCGCCAGUCGACGAAACUAAACAAAUCCAUCGCGUUGAUAACAUGAACGAAGGUUCCAAGCGUAGUUCAAGGUCGAGGAAGCGCCGCCAGCGCCGCAGAAGGGCCCACAACGCCGAUAACGAUAAACCCGACAACGAAGAUUACACGGUGCAAUCCCCCACGGAGCUGGACACCAAGAAAAAGAACAAACCGGUGAAGAGCAGGAGUCUAGACGACGAAGACGACGGUGUGGUCAAGAUCCAAGAAGUCAGCGGCGAUGUGGAUGGGUGCCAGGAAGCCCAAGCGAUAGUCUCAGAAGCGUCGGAAAGCGAAGUGGAAUGGGAGGAGACCGAGAACUUAGAUACUCCGCCUCCUGUUCUGGGCGCUCUGAGCACGUUAACUCUACCGCUGGAAGGCUGCGUGAGCGAGCAAAUCGCCACGUUGUCGCCGCACGAAGAGAAGACUCUGAGGAGCUUCCUGGAAGGAUUGAAUCUGAUCAAUGGGCCCGAAGAAGCAGCGGAUCGCGUCUCGGAUAAAGCGGAGGACGCGAAGGAGCGCAAAGCGAGGAAACGCGCCGAACUGGAGAAAUAUUUCCUACCGAUCUACCAGAAUCCCAGGUACUUGGAGGUGAUUAGCGAGGAGUCGAGGGAGUCCAGCGAUCGCGAAUGCGAACCGAAAGCGGGUACUUCCGGUAGAAGAGAUGUUCGAAAAGCCCUUCCCAAUCCGGUGGUUUUGGUGGAUACCAAACUGAAAGAACAUAACGAAGAAAACGAACCGGUUUACAGCAACGUGGCUUCCACAAACGUCGAAGUCGUAUAUUUAACUUCUUCGGAAACCGAAUCGGAAGAACAAGAUAGCGAUAGUUACGUGUUAGCGUCCGAAAAACACAGCAGCAACGAGGAUUUAAGUGAUAAAACUCUUGUUGAUUAUGAGACUGAUGAUAUCAAUAAUGCUCAAAACUUGAAUGAUACUCCUACAACUCUAAAUGUGAUCGAAGAUAAUAAAGAAACUACAUUAACCAACGAACAAUCUACCAAAGAUAAUACUACUAUCAACAAAAUUGAAGAUGCCAAAGAAACUAAAGUUACCAGUAGAGAACUGAAUAAUACUAACAAUAAUGCUAUGCUAGAUGAACGUUUAUUAAACCAACUAACACCACCUCCAACACCAGACAAUGCAUCACCAGAAGAAAGCCUAAUGGAACCAUCACCAAUUAACAACACAGAUAGUGCAGUUAAAGCUGCUAUUACCACUAAAGUUUUAACACCACCUCCACCAUCUAGAUCGUCAUCGAGCAGUAGAAGUUCCUCUAUAUGCACCAUCAAGCAUAAUUCAUCAACAUCUUCAAUGGCCGAUGUAAUGGCGCUAGCUAAAGAAACUGAAAGGUUUCGAGUGGUAACGUUAAGAGAAAUAUGCGUUAAUUUCCUUCUGUCUUUGCCAUUUGGAAGGGAAAUUUUGGAAGAACUAGCUGACGUGUCCAAGUGCAUAGACUCAUACACCAGUUCUCUUCCUAGUGUAGUUUUGCCGAAACUAGCUCCGAAUAGAGGAUUGCCAACGAAUUCUAAUAGUGUAUCUUGUAAACUUUCAGUUCAAUCGCAUCCUGGGAAAUUCCCGCCGCGAAAGAAGAAGCAAGAAGAAAUUACUUAUGUAAAGACAUCGUUUAAUGAAGGAAAAAAUGUCGAUAAAAGUGCCGAAAAAGUGGUGAUAAUUCCAGUGCAAGUUGAGGAAAAACUAAAAAGCGAUGUUAAAGAUGUAAAAUUGGAUGAUACUUUUGAGAGCAAAGAAGCUUUGCGGAAAGAAUAUAUCAUACCAAUUAAAACAUGUAACGAAAGAGAUGAAGAAAUUAAGACAAGUCCAACAAAUCCAGUUACAAAUCAAGUAGAAACAACGAAUAUAAUAAAAGAAGAACGUAACGAGAAAAAAAUUGUUAACAUACACGAACAAUACCAAGAAGACAAAACGAGUAAUGAAAGAAUACAAAUAAUUAAAAAAUACGCUAUUCCAGUACAAAGGGAACAACCAAAAGAAGUCAUCAUACCCAUCACAAAAGAAAUUGAUAACAGCAAAACCAAUAAACCCAAAGAAUUCGUAAUACCAAUAAUGAAAGAAGGGCAUACAGACAAAAAAGACAUAUCAGUACCAAUCAGAAAAGAAUCAUUAAAGUUCCUGCAAAAAUCCAAACAAACUACAACAGAAUCUUCAACUCCAGAGCAGCAAGAAAUUAAACCCAAGGAGCAUUUAAUUCCAAUAACAAGAGAUAACGAUAAGCAAACCUACCAGAAUUGGACCAAAACAACUCCAAAACAGAAAGAAGAUAAGAAAAAUACUACAACAAAAUCCUCAAGAUCAAUACAAAUUGAAAGUGAACACAAGGAGCAUAUAAUUCCAAUCAAACUAGAUACUAAAAAAGAAACAGGAUAUCAUAAUUGGACUGGUUUGCGUUGCGAAGAAGACCCCAAAGUCCUACUCUGUCUCUCACCGAAGCAAAAAGACCAAUUAGAAUCAACCAAGCAAAUUCCCCAAGAAGCCGACAAACUGAUCGACCUCCACUCCAAAUUCAUCAACAGAAAAACCCCUCACGCGCAGGACUCGAGACUCCUAACCAUCAUCAACGAAGAACCCAACCGACUACCACCCCAAGAGAGCCGCUUAGCGGCCAAAGACCUAAUGGAAUGGCUGAGUUUGGCGCGAUGCAAGAGCACGAGCCUGGUCGACUUGACCGAAAAUAACCCAAGAAGCGCGCCGGACGCGCCGAGACGCCCGUCGUUGCCGCAGGAUAUUUUCGAAAAGCAAAUGCUGUACAUUCGCGAAAAGGAGCGGGAAAUCGAGCGGCAAUUGCAGUCGCUGGAAGAGGAGAAACUGCUGCUGGGCGCUCGCAUGGAGCCCUCCCGGCCGUUCCGAGCGGACGAUUACUGCUAUUCCAGGCGCGGCGAUUUCGCGGAGACGAAGAAACGGCCCGCCUCCAUGCCCGCCAUGCCCACGGAGUUCUUCAGACAGCAGAUGUACGAGGAGUAUUUGGGGAAGUUCGCCGAGCGCGAGGAGCGCAAGCAGCACAAAAUCAUCAAGGUCACCUCGUCCAAGGAUUUGAGUCAGGAGAGCGCGCUGGCCGAUCGACGGGAGAUCGUCCAUCCGGUGCAAAUCGAGGAGGAGUUUAUGGAUAAGGUGAUGGAGAUGAGGAAAGGCGGUAAACUAGAAGAAACCAAAGAUAAUAAUAAUAACAAUGACGGUAACAAGAAAGAAGUUGUUGAUGAACCGCCUGUGUUAGUAAUCGAUGGUGAAACUCUGAAGGAUACCAAAGAACUUCCGAAACACCUGCAGGAGUUCGUAGGCGCUGAUGGCAUCUGGUCGCCCGGCCAAAAGAUCGAUCUAUCGCCCCAAGAAAAAGACAAGCAUUUCUUCGGAAAUCGAGAUGAAUCCAUCCCCCCCGUAUGGACCCCCAAAAGUGCUAAUUCCAGCCCUGUCGCCGAAAGGAAGGAAUUCCGGCCAGUAAACUUCCAAUCUCCAACGCUAAGCAGGCGAAACAGGACCGCAUCCGAGAAUCAGCCACCCCGGAGGAACCCGGACUAUAGCAGUGACACGGGCUCCGCUUCGUCGGUUUUAGACAGAAGAUUGCCGGCCAGUCGAUCGACUCCUGCCACCGGUUUCUACGACUUUUCUCGAUUGCCCAAGGCCCAAAAUCCCACGAUCACCCUUCUGCAGAAAGCCAGAGAAGGCCAACUUCCUAAAGGUGCUUCUUAUAUCGAGCACGAUCCGAGGCAUUUUAGGCCCAAAGACGAUCGACCCCCUAUAGCCGGACCUGGCGAAAUUCUAUAUCAGAUAAAAAACGAAUAUACGAGCGAAUCCGAUAACGAAAGGCCCAGAAAAAUGACCGAUUUAAGCCAGAGGAAGUUCGAAGGAAUUGGUCCUGUGACUAAAGAUGGCAUUCCGCUUGUUCUUAGAUCUGAUGUUAAAGACCAAAAUCAAUCGAAAUGGUACAAAAGAAUGUACGAUACAAUCCACAAACAACCGCAACAUAACGACGAAUACGUAACAAUACGUUAUAAGCAAAAAAGAGCACAAUACCCUUACACUUCCGGUUAUCUAUCCGAACCGGAACCGGGCUCCUACGACAGCGAUUUCACCGAUUACAAGUACCAAACGUUGGACAGGAGGCGCCCUCUGCCCCAGGACAGGUCGCUGGACUACGUCAAUUCCACCACCAUGCCCAGGACAAUCGUCAAUAGAUCGUCGUCGUCGGAUAUUCAUAAGCAGCAGGAUUACCUGAGGGGACCGGGAAAAAUCGAAAAUUACGUCCCUGGUCGUUCGUCGAUAGCCGAAAAGGAAACGAAACAGUGGUGGGACGAAGUGAUGGACAUAUUCGAUGGGCAUUUGGAACAACAGAAACAAAUCCCUCACUCCCAUCCGAAGAGCUUCAUCAACCAAUGCCUGAAAGACGGUUACGAGAGCGAUUCGACUUUGGUGUUCAGAAGAAAAGAGGAAACAGUCCAAAGGAUCAGCCCCAAGGAGCAACGGGAAGCCUACAAGGUCAUACAGAAAGGCGGAGAUGUUCCUCUUCGAGGACUGAGGAAACCUGCCCCGGAAAAACCUAAAGAAACGGAUUUCGUUGAGUUUUUCCCAAUAUCCCCGACGCUCACCAGAAUUCGAUUGCGCAAAAACUUGAGACCCCAACGGGAGAUCGUCUGUUAUCCAGUAACAGUGCAUCACGAAAACGCGUUUUCUUCGUUCAAAAAGAAGAUUCCCGCGCCGCCACCGGCGCCGCCGCCGUCGCCGCCCAAGAGGAAAUCGUCCAGGAACAAUCCCACUCUCAGGCUGGUGUCUUCGAUGAAAGCGAAGCCGGUCAAGUCUCCUUUGUGCAAGCGCCACGAGACUUGCUUCGCUCCCACCUCGGACAAAAUUAACUGCCUCAAAGACAAAAUCGCCUGCAGGCUGUCGCCUACCGGCAGUAGAAAGCAACCGAACACCAAGAUAAAAGUGGUUAAAAAAGUAACAGCUUCACCGGAGAUGAAGAACAAAAUAUCUUCUACUUUGAUGACCUCUAAAGAUGCAAAAUCGUCUUCGCGAAGAAUAGAAAGUAAGACGAACAUUUUACAAUCGAUGAACAGAGGGAAGAAAUCCUCUUCAGUGGAGAGUUUGAAGACGUUCGGUAGCGAAAAGAAGAAAUUCGAGAUCGAUUUGAGGUCACCGAAAUUGGUGAAAUCACCUGAUUUGGUAUCACCUACAGAAGUUAAAAAAGCCGCUUUGAAUCUACCAUAUUGCAAAAAACCUGCAUCUAAAUCACCAAAAACUAAACCAAUCAAAUCACCAGUAUCGACCAAAAAAACUAAACCAGUUCCAAAACUCAAAACCAAGUCAACCAAGGAACAAAUCAACGACGAAAUAAAAAAAGAAGUAACUUCAAUUUCAGUACUAAACGACAUACGCAAACAGAAACAAGCUAUGGAAACCAACCAAUUUUUCCAACACCUAUUUCUCAGAGACCUACCAUCACCAACGCCUUCAAACUCCAGCAGGUCCUCUUGGUUGCUGGAGAAAACCAAUUUGCUGCACAGAAGAAGAUCCUCCUUCCCUGAACCCAGCAUCGGAGCGAUGAGAGUCUACUUGAAGCACACUAGACCUGUGUCAGACUCCAAAUUCAUCAGCUUAGAUCUAGCCAACGUUCGAUCCAGAUCCGCCAGUCCCAAACCCACACAAUUCGAAGAUAAAAUGAAGAGGAGCAGCAGUUUACCAGCUAAACUAAUCUUCUCGCAAACCAGCAGGCCCGUUUCUCCUGUAGUACAACACAGGAAACUGGUAUCACCUCCUUUGUGUCGUUCGCCAUCUUGCAGGAGAAUCAUGCAGUACAAAAACGCUCCCUGCAAAUUCAAAGAGCUGAACCAAUUUUAUUCCGAAAUAGAAAAAGUGGGACAAUUGGAGAAAACCUUCAGCGUGAAGCCGCGGAAGAAACAAGAAGCGGAAAUCAUAGAUUUCGACAGAUGGAGAGAGGUGAGAUCGCGCGAACGAGCCGAAGAACAACUGGAAUAUCUCUACGAUAGCAUCAAGAAAGAAGAAAAAGACAAAGGUUUUGUAUACAUUCCGAAAGACGUUACUAAAUACAAGUGGAGGAAAGACCGCGAUAUCGGAUUGAAAUUCAAAGAGAAGUCCGUGGAAGAUAUCAAAGAGGAGUUCGAACGGAUCCAGGAGUACACCAAGAGGGAAUUGGAGAUUUCCAAAGACACCUACAAGCCUUUAUGGAGAGGUUUUUCUGUGGCGAACAUAGCCAGUAGUAUAAGCGAUAGAAGAUCGCAUUCAGAAGGUCGAGUGCAAACUAUCAGGCAAAGACUGAUCGAAUCGGAGAAGCUGCUCAAUCGCGGCAUAGGCAGCAGGAUCUGGAGCAGCCUUUCGAUGGAACAAAUCAACUUACUCAAAGACCAACUGGCUAAAAUCUACAGCAAAGAGGACUACUCCAUUGAAGUGCCUAAAGAGAAGAUCAAAACGACCGUUCCAAAGUUAACGGUGAGAAGAAAUUCCGAUUCUUCCGACCACAUUUACAAGAAAAUCUCCGAUAUAUCGGAGAACGAGAAGAAAGCAAUUUCCUAUAGUUUAUGUAAAGAAGCAGUGGAUAAGAUAACCAAGAAUCGCAAAGAGAACAAAUUGGCUCUACCUAUAAUGAUCGGUAAAGAAGUACUGGGAGCAGUCGCAGCUGCUAGCAUCAAAAAGGAAGAACCCAAGAAACCUUUGAUCAAAACUAACGCUUUGAGUACUCCUAAAGCUCUAAUCAGCGAAACGGAAAGCGGCAGCACCGAUGAAAGCACCAAAACCGUCGUUUGCGCCGAAGACAUCAAGAAAAAAGUGGAGUACUUCGAAACUGUUAAAGAUAAAGAAAUGUACAUCCCGACGGUUUACAAACCCGCCGACGAUUCACCAGAAGAAGAAACCCCACACAUACCCCAAUCGAAAUCCUGCCAAAGCCUCAAAGACUACUUCGGCGAAAAGGAACUAAUGAAGUUUGCUACGAUACCGCUAUCAGCCACCAGGAAGCAGAAAUUCUCGCCCAAAAAACCCGAACUGAGGUCCAUCGACAUCAGCCCCAUCAGAUCGGAAAUCUCCGACGAAAGCAGGUCCAUUUCCCCGUACUCCAUCACCAAACCCCCAUCAUCCACCGGAGAAGUAUCCCGCUUGAGGAACAAAUUCGAAUACAUAGAAGACAUCUACGGCAGCAGAACGUUGAAACGAUCCCGAAGCGAGUCCGAUUUGAACAGCGUCUACAACGCCGGCCAGGUGGACUCCAUCAAAAGGAAGUUCGAGUACCCGGGUCGGGGCAGGAGCAGGACGAGAAGGGGCGGCGUGGUGUCGCCGAUGUCCCUCAGAGCCGAAGACCGCUUCAUGCCUCACAUUAACAUCAUCAGCAAGAUCGCCAGCCUCUAUUCGAGAGGCAGCGCCCGAGCGAACCUCAAGCGCCAGCGGAGCGCCGAGGAACUGGCCGAAAUCCUCGGCUGUCCCGUCGGCGAAGUGGACAAAUUGCGGGGGAAAUUCGACAGCCUGGAGGACGUUUCCCUGAUGGGGCAAAUGUACACCUCGUCGCCUAACAUCCGGGAAUUGAAAGACAUCGCUCCGUAUCUGACAGGCGAUUGGGUAGCCCACAAGUAUCCCAAAUUCGAGGACAACGCCAGGUCGCUGUCGUCUCCGGAGCAAUCGCCCGCCUCUAGGGACGUCUCCUCGCUGCGUCGCGACGCGUCCAGGCCGAAAUCCGCGUCGCCGUCGCCGUCGAAACGCUCGCCGUCGAUACUGAAGAGUCGGUCUGCUGCGGAUUUCUGCGGAAAUCGCGCCAAGCACGGUCCGAUCGAAGCCAGGUACAGAAACGGGUGGAGUGUUUGCUCGAAACCGACGGUUUCGUUUAAAGGUGUUGUAUUUAGGUUAAAAAAAUGACGCACGUUUCGACGCACCCGUACAUGUAGAUGUCUCUCCGAUCGACACCGUUAUAUCUUCACUUUGCACACGAUUCUUCUUUUAUACCUGUCGCUUUGUUCGGUUUACGCAACGUAUCGGAAUCCCCUCGUAGCUAUUGUACGAGGAUCGUUUGAUAAUUAACGGAGUUUUACGUUGCAAAUCGGAAUCACCUCGUAUAGAUACUGUACGAGGAUCGUUUGAUAAUUAAAGGAGUUUUACGUUGCAAAUCGGAAUCCCCUCGUA